AUGGUCGAGGGGUAUGCCUACCUGCCGAGCGAGCUGCCCGACCGGAAGCUGGUCGGCGGGGAGCUCCUGCCCCAGGGCCCGGAGCACUGCUGGCAGGCCACCCCCGGCAACAGCAACCUCUGCGACGUCUGCCGGCACCAGGCGGCCCCGAAUGGCAAGUGCCGGCCGGCGGUCCAGCCGGUGACCAACUGCACGGCCCUGGCGCAUGAGCACAUCAAUGAAGACUGCUCGAGCUGCGCCUGGGGCAACCUCCUGACCCCGGAGCGCCGGUGCAUCUCCAGCUGCUACUCCAGCGGCAGGGCGACCUGCGGCAAUUUCUGCUUCCCGCCGGGGGUCCUGCCGGAUGGCUUCUCCUGCGCGGCCUGGGCCAUGCGCGACAAUUCCCAAACCCAGUACACCUCGCUGGGCCACCCGUCGAACCACCACCUGCUCAAGUGCAGCCGGCCCGGCUUUUGCAUCGACUGCCACGACAGCUGCGAGGACUGCGUCGGCCCCGGGGACCGGGACUGCCUCCGGUGCCCGGCCGGCCGGAUGCUGCUGGUCAGCCGGCGCCGGACCAUCGACGGGCAGCGGAUCUACGCCGGGACCUGCAUCCGCGGGGCCCGGAGCCCCGACGGCGGGGACCACCCGUCCGGGCCCAUGCGCUGCCCACCGACCACGGCCGACAUCGGCAACAACAUGUGCGUCCCCUGCGCGCAGGGCUGCCACACCUGCGGCCAGCCCGCCACCAGCCAGUGCCAGCAGUGCAUGCGCGGGCUUUUCCUCAUCCAGGGCGGCCGGUGCUGGCCCAGCUGCCCCGCGGCCGGCACCUUCAAGGACUCGCUCACCGGCCGGUGUGUGGCCUGCUCGGUGCCCGGGUGCGGCCGGUGCCCGGCCGAGAACCCCGGCGUGUGCACCGCCUGCGCCGACCCCGCGCACAAGCUCCACCAGAAUGCCUGCGUCGGGGACUGCCCGCCGGGCAUGUUUCCCCUGGCCGGGGCCUGUGUCCGGUGCCCGGCCGAGUGCCGCGCCUGCACCUCGCUCGCCUGGUGCACCGAGUGCGCGGCCGGCUUCUUCGGGCAUGAGGGCCGGUGCCUGCCCCUGUGCGGCCCGGGCCGGCUGUGGGACAGCACGGUCAUCCCGGGCACCGGCAGCGGCUGCGACACCUGCCACCCGAGCUGCGCCUCGUGCCUCGGCAGCACGGGAAACUGCCUCGCGUGCGGGCCCGGCCGGCGCCUGGUCCUGCCCAGCCACCCGGCCGAGGCGCAGGCCUGCACCCUGGCCGACGCCUGCCCGGCCGGCUACUACCCCUCCGGCGGCCAGGAGUGCCGGGCCUGCCUGGACCCCAACUGCCAGGACUGCCCGACGGCCGAGCGUUGCUCUCGGUGCCGGGCCGGCUUCAGCCUCUUCGGCGACUUGGAGUGCUUCGCCUCCUGCCCGGAGGGCUACCACAGCCAGGGGGGCGUGUGUGUCCCGUGCGCCGGCGACGCAUGCGCCCCGGCCGAGCCCUGA